AUGCGGGGUGCUAGACGCAUCGCACCAGAAGGCAAAAGCGUUUACGCCUUCACUGGCGUAAGGUACGCGAAACCGCCCAUUGGUGAACUUCGAUACCGCAAACCCCAGCCCGAACCGCCGUGGGAUGUAAGUACAAGCGAAGACUGCGUCUAUUUGAACGUUUGGACACCGACCUUGAAUAACACGGCAAGCCUUCCAGUCAUGGCUUGGCUACAUGGAGGCAGAUUUCUUGUUGGCUCAGCAGCGAUGCACUUGGACGAUGGAGGAAACCUGGCUGCCCUUGGAAACGUUGUGGUCGUCACCAUUGGCUACAGGUUGCAGUCGUUUGGCCUCCUUUAUGACGGAACGGAGGAAGCACCCGGAAACCAAGGCCUCUACGAUCAACUGCUUGCUCUUGAGUGGAUCCGAAGCAAUAUCGGUGCGUUUGGCGGAGAUCCAGGAGAAGUAACACUGUUUGGAUGGAGUGCCGGGGGCAUGACCAUCGGUUUCUUUCUGUCAAUCGCUGACGUUAAACUACCGUUCAAGCGAGCCAUAGUGCAGAGUGGCCCAGCGACAAGAAAGGGCCUGACCAAGAACAAUACAAUUGCUCUGAACGAGUCACGUGAGUUCGCUUCCAUUUUCGGAUGCGCUGAGAGUUCCCAGAACGACACAUCAUCUAACUUUGUGUCCUGCCUGCGGAAUGUAAAUGCGUCGUUAAUAUUAGCUGUGGAGAGGAUCUAUAUGGACAGUGGUGGUAUUUUCACACCAAUCUUUGGUGACGGCCUUCUACAAGAUAAUCCAGAAACGGCCACGUUCAGGGGUGACCGGGACAUCCUCAUGAGACAAGUAGCAAACGAAGGAGGUGUGAAUCCGUACAUAUAUUUUCCGGAUGUUUUCUCGAAGAUUCUGCCACCGCGAAACGUGAGCAAAAGUGAAAUGGUUUACUACCUGGGUGCACUGCGUGGGAGCCUAUCUCUGGCUGAGAUAUUAGAUCUUCACGAGUUGUACAUGGGAAACAUUUCUGACUUUGACUACGAUCAGCUGAGACAGGCGUUUACGCAGGAAGAAGGAGAUGUUCUAAUUUUCUGCGCCUCGCUCGACACUGCUCUAAAGAUCGCAAAUUCCACCGCCACGGCCAAUUCAGGCAAGUCCAUACACUUUUACGAGCUGGACUACGUGUCCCGCUGCCGCCAGACCCAACCCUGGACUGGCAUGGCACACGGGGAUGACAUGCCAUUCGUGUUUGGAAGGCCAUUUGACCAGCGCGGAGGCUGUCCUGAGGAUAUGUUUUUCUCGAGAAAGAUCAUCGAAAUAUGGAGCAAUUUUGCGAGAGGCAGGAGGUGCCUGAAAGAAGGCUCCGCGCUCGCCCCCUUGACCUUGUCUGCCCAGCUCACCCUGAACGAUGCAUCGGCGCCGGUGCUUUGGGCUUCCCUGGACCUUGACUGGGAGCGUGACUUCGACCUGGAUUUCUUCCUGUACCUUGAGCGGCUUCUCCUCUCGUGCGCCAACCUGGGGAAGGACUCCGAUUGGUCGCUCGCAGAGUACGAUCUGCUGUGGGGUGGUCUUGGUCGCACAGCUGGUACCUGGCCUUGCAUUCGUGGUUUUCAGGAGGAUUUGGCAUCCUGCAUCUUCGGCAAAUUUUGUGGUUAG